CCUUCAUACAGUCAAAGUUAGCGUCUCUACGUACAUACCUUUAGGUGCCGCAACGAAAGGUCUUUACAGAUUAUGCGUCAUAUUGCCAUCUUCACUGCACUCCUUCCAUUAGGACUUGGGAUAAUACCACAUCACAUCACUAAUGGUAGCAACCAAACAUCAAGUAAAAUGCUGCCCUUCCAUGGCGUCUGUGGAACUGAAGAUUAUUAUACAGUCAACGUAAUAGACAGUAGAUCACAGUUUGGAUUUCUUGUUGAAGUCAAACCUACAAAAGGAAAAUGUACAAUCAUCCAGAAAAUUGAAGGAGAGUUUAAAAAUGCAACAAAUGUACAAGUAAACAGGGUAAUAUCAAAAAUACGAGAGGUACUCCAGAGUGGGAGAGGGAUGGUGGUCCUACUAUUCUUGAUCAGCGAUGAUCCAAAGUACAUCUCGGCGUUCAUGAAGAAAUCCUUUUCUGGUCGUCUCCUGGUGUGGUCCACAAGGCUUAUUUUAGUCACACAACUACAAUACCAUCGUCUUAAAGAUCUUCACAAAUUGUUUUCCAUCUCUAAUUCAUUGCUUCUUAUUGCUGAUGGUCCUCGGAUUAAAAGUGUGCGCAUGUCGCUGGUUUUGCCGCACAGUGAUCCUAAUACCACACCUCCUGUACUUGCAAUCUGGACGCCACGCCAGGGAUUUACUUUCAAAUCGCAUCUCUUCCCGAAUCUCUUCCCGAAAAAGUUUGAUAGGUUAUCGUCGGGUGGAUCGUUGGUGGUCUCCAUGGUCGAGACUUCUAUGCAGGAGAAGGUAGAGCAUGACGACCCUUUGUCUCCAGGGAAAAAAAAAAUUUGGUUCAAUGGUUAUCUCGUCAAUAUAAUUGACUACCUGGCUUCUGGACUUAAUUUUUCAUACAGCUUUUCUGUGCCAGCAGAUGGUACCUUUGGUACCCAAUUAGAAAAUGGAUCGUACACAGGAAUGGUCGGCCAGAUACAUCAGCAGAAAGCCGAUAUCAGCCUCGGACCGUUUGCAAUGAAUCCUGUCAGAGCCGAAGCUGUCGAAUUCAGUUUUCCUUAUUUAAUUGAAUCGUUAAAAGUAAUUGCUGGUCGUGGAAGUGUUGAGGUAGAUCCCUGGGGUUUUAUUUUGCCACUUACGCCUAUGGUGUGGGUGGCUACCCUUAUUGUACUGCUGGGAGUGUUCACCGUAAUAAUGAUACUUCACUUUUUGUUGCCUGAUGGAAACCAGAAGCUAAACGGGUCCUCAACAGAUGCCAGUGUUAUACGCAUAAUUCUUCAGCAAGAUAUUACCUCACACGAGGAUUCUUGGAUAUGGGAACGCUUAUUGAUGGGAGUGUGGAUGUUGAUGACGCUGGUCCUCACACGCAGCUACUCAGGCAACCUAAUGUCCCUGUUGGCAGUGAGAUACGUCUCUCAACCUUUCCAGACGCUGAGAGAUGUCGUGGAUGAUCCAAAAGUUAAUUUGGUUUGGCAAAAAGGGAGCUCAAGCAUGCAACUUAUUCGAGAUGCAGAGAGUGGAAUUUUUCAAGAAAUCAACGAUAUGGAGAAAAAAGGACGCUUGCGGUUUCUACAUCUGAAAGAAUAUUUUUCGCUCCUCGACACAGAAGUGAGAUCAGGCAAAACAGUGAUCGUGGAAUUCGGAGCUGUGGCAAAUAACUUUAGGGCACAGCAUUUUUCUCAGUCAGGUAGGUGUGACUUUUACUUUGGACGGGAGAAAGCUCUUUUCACUCCUUUGGCUUUAAUUACACAAAAGAAUAGUCUCACCAUAAUUGGAUUAAAUAAAAGAAUAUCAUCGAUGAUUGAAAACGGUAUUUAUGAAUACUGGUACAAGGGAGCCUUACCUAAUUUAACGUCUUGUAUCUACGCCCCAUCGAGAAUCACCGUUAGCGCUCCAUUCUCACUUUCAAAUUGCUGGGCCAUGUUCGUGGUGCUCGCAAGCGGUUAUGUUCUGGGUAUGCUUUCCUUUUCUACUGAGGUCCUCAACAAGCCAGACACAAAUGCUGAACGCUGAUAUGAUUUAAAUUAAAUGGAUUCAUCUUAUAUGCCAAAAAAUACUACUAAAUGUAACUUAUGUGGAAUAAAACUAUUA